AUGGUGAGCUUCUGCGAGCUGUGUGGUGCGGAAGCCGAUCUCCACUGCGACGCCGACUCAGCUUACCUCUGCCGAUCCUGCGACGUAAACUUCCACGCUUCUAAUUUCCUCUUCUCCCGGCACGUCCGUCGCAUCAUCUGCCCUCAUUGCAAAUCCCUCACCGGAGAUUUCGUCUCCGGUCCCUUUUCGCCUUGGCCUCCGAGAACAAGCUGCUGCUGCUCUGGAUCGUCUUCGUCUUCAGACUCGUCUUGCUGCUCGUCUCUCGAUCGUGUCUCCAGCUCGGAGCUAUCGUCGACGGCGAGGAAGACGCGUGUCGUGAACAGAGCGCAGAGGAGGGAAAACAGAGUCAAGGCCGUUGCGGUUGCAGUUGGGAACGGCGUUUUUGUAAAAUGGUGCGAUAGAUUAGGAUUAGACGGGGAUUUGAGAAACGCGGUCGUUUCGUAUGCGUCUCUCGCCUUGGCCGCUGUGGAGAAGCAGAGAGCGACGAAUAAGGUGAUCUUAGCGGCGGCGUUUUGGUUUGGCGUUAGGAACUCGCGUAAGAAGAUGAUGAAGUGGCCGAGUUUGAAGAAGGUGGAAGACGUAACCGGGGUUGCAGCGGGAAUGAUUCGAGCGGUGGAAAUCAAACUGGCGCGUGGUGUGACGAUGCAGCUCAGGCGGUUGCGCGUGGACUCGGAGGAAGGAUGGGCCGAAAACGACGCCGUUUGA